UGUUUUUACUUUUACUUUUUCUUUAACAUAGUUUGUUUCUACAAUUUCAGAUGGUAUAUUAUUAUUUUGCAAUGGGUAUCCGUCCCGCAAAAUGAUGAGCCGUUUUAUUAUUUUACUGGAUAAGAUAUCCUUGACCUAUUCGUCUCAUAUGUUCAAUCAUUGCAUUUUCCUGUUUUUCUAAGCUAAAUUUGUUUUAUAUAUAGCACCGGGAAGCGCUAUUCACGUUUGCUUUUUUUUAACCAGACAAUACACCAGUAUGUAAUUACUUCUAGGGUUAAACUAAUUACAUGAAUUUUAAAUUGAUAUUUCAAUGACAGUCCCUCCCCUAAAUAAACUCAACCUAUUUAGGCUUCUAAUACUAUAAAGGGCGACCUUCGACCAAUAGAAUUCAGGAUUCACUUUAGAAUGUGCUGAAAUUGAAAGACAAGUUAAUUUUUCUUCCGUUAACUAGCUGUUUCUUAGGUGUGAUUUUUUUGUUGAAAUUAUCCGCCUUAUUUCCUUGGCUUUCACAUUCUACACAGGUGGCGUGUUUAACAUGGUGUUGCCUCAAAGAGUCCUAUUCUUUUUGUUCCUCUGACAUUUCUUUGUGACGUAUAUUUACGACCGAUAGAUAACGCGUUACUUUAAAAAAGUGCCAGGAUUUAAAUGCUUUAUUGCCUCCAAUGAAAAAGUAAUGUAAUGGCCGUGAUUUUAUCAGCUUCCGGAUCCACAGUCGCCAAACCUAAACAAUUUAUUUUUUCUCAUCCUUGCAUUGACAAAAUUAAUAACAAGUUUGUUUGCCUACAAUGUUUGCACAGCAAGGUAGCAGCCUAUAGCAUGUCAUUUUGUCAAGAUAAAUUCCAGGCGGAUUUGGCUAUGUCAACGAAUUGUAUUCAAUUUGCUUGGAUGGACAGCUUGGCUGAAGUGCCUUUGAAUAGCUACCGCGAUUUUCUCGCCACUGGAUAACUGAAUUGGGGGUACUCUUUGUGAUCUUUUCGGAACACUGAGAGUUUCUAAGCCACGCGUGUCAUCCCUGAGAGGCCAAGAGGCAGUUAGCGUUUUGCUAGACCCUGUCUUGGUAAACAUUUCUACGGUGUUGCGAGAUUACGGAAGGAGCCCUCGUAAAUACAUCUUCGUAAUAACCGCCGUAAUACUAGCUACACGUCAAGUACCCGAUUGCUUUCAUCACAAAUUGGCCGGUACCUUCGAACUCUCGGAAGCUGACCAAGAAAUAACACAAGCGAUCGCACUUCUGGUGCCACAGAGCCAAUGUAUCAUUGCUUGAGUAUGAGCUAAUCGUAUUCUUCGGCCUUCCUGCGUGAUUUCUGUGCGACGGUCUAUUUCUCUAAAGAGGAAACAAAUAGACACAGUGCUCUUCAAGAAUGCUUUGUACGCCACUUGAAAAGUUUUGUUUGUCACGAAUGUCUGGGACGAACGCGCGAAUGUAACCACGUAAAAGGCCACAAAUUUCGCUGGAGAAGGCGAGGGCGAGAUAGGCCGAGAUGGGCCGAAAAUGAGAAGGCAUGUUGUCAACAAGAAAACCCAAGACCCCUCUCCGCCUAAAGGCCAUGUAUUUGGCGUGACAAGUUGGGCCCACUACCGCCAGGGUGUGGCUCUCCAGUGUAUGGGACGCCAUGCCGAGGCACUGGCCGCCUUCGCUACUGCGCUUGCGCAAGACGAGAAGAGUCCGCAGUUACUCAACACCUUGCUGGAUGCUGCUUUAAAAUCGCCACUCAAAGAUUCCCUGCAGCCAACAUGCGACCAACUGAAGACCAUGCGAUUGGACAAAAGCCCAUUUGUCAUGAUCUCCCUGAUUGGCCAAGAGCUGCUGUCACUCAACUAUUUGCAGGCUGCAGUUGGUUGCCUGGAGGCGGCGCUCAAGAUUGGCACGUGUGGGUUGAAGUUGCGAGGCUCGGUGAUUUCCGCGCUUAGUACUGCCUACUGGAAAAUGGGGAAUGUCACCAAAGCGAUGGAAUACAUGAAACAGGACUUGGAGACAUCGCAAUCGCUUGGUGAUAAGGUUGGGGAGUGCCGCGCGCAUCGAAAUCUCGGUGGAGCGUGCUACUCACAAAGGCUCCACCACGAGGCAACGGAGCACUACAGAAUGCAAUUCGCUAUCGCGAUGAAAAUCAAGGACUUGCACUCGGCGGCUUUGGCGCUUAGCUCACUUGGUCACGUGUACGUGGCUGUGAACGACUACAGUAACGCGCUAGCGAGUCACAGGCAGGCGAGUCAACUCUAUAAGGAGAUGGGGGAGCGGCUGUCUGAGGGAAGGGAAUUGGGGAAUAUCGGAGCGGUGCACGUUUUGUUGCUACAGUACGACCAAGCAAUACACUGCCAUCAGGAGCAUCUGAAAAUCGCCGUGGAGCUUGGAGAUAGCGCCGAGGAAGGCCGAGCCUAUAGCAACCUCGGCAGCGCUUAUCAUUGCAAACGAGACUACAGCAAGGCCAUUCAGUUCCAUAAGCUCGUGCAAGAUAUUGCCAAAAAGACGAAUGAUUUAUCGAUGGAGACGCGGGCGUACGCGGGCUUGGGUCACGCCUACAGAUUCAAAGGAGACCUCGACGAGGCCAGGAACUUCCACGAACUUCAACUGGAAGUAUCGGUUCAAUUAAAAGACAGGGCGACGGAAGGGCGGGCGUUGUCGAAUUUAGGGAUCAUAUUUCAACAGCAGGGUGUUUACGCGCGAGCCUUGAAGCUCCACAAAGGGCACUUAGCUGUCUGUAAGGAGCUGGAGGACCGCGCAGGACAGGGACGAGCGUACGGCAACAUGGGGUGUGCUUACAGCGCUCUCAGACGCUACGAUCAAGCGGUCAAGUUUCACAAACAAGAACUGCUAAUCUCGAAGGAAGUGAACGAUCGUGCUUCCGAGGCGUGCACGCACGGGAAUCUUGCGGUGGCGUACCAAGCGCUUGGGAGCCAGGCCAAGGCGCUCAAACACUACCAACAGCACCUGCUAGUGGCUCAGGAGCUAAAGGACAAAAUGAACGAGAGUGUAGCGCUUAGUAACUUGGGGAAUUUCUAUAGUUCUUGCGGGGAGUUCACAAACGCCGUGCCGUACUACGAGAAGUUCCUCAACGUUACUCGGCAGCUUGGAGAUCACGCGGGUGAGUGUAAGGCUUGCCAUAAUCUCGGUUUUGCGCACUUUUCUCUUGGAAAUCAUUCUGAGGCUGUGAAGUUUUAUGAGCGGAAUGUUGCGCUGGCGAAGGACUUGGACGACCACACAAGUCUUGCUCGCGCCUACUGUAAUUUUGGACUUGCGUUCAGCGCGUUGGGGAACUACGACCGAGCGCUCGAAUGUCAGCGCGAAUUUCUGGUUAUAUCACAAAAUUUGAAGGAUAUUCAAGGUAUCAUCAAAGCUCAUGGGAAUAUUGGGGACAUUUAUAUGAAUUUAGGAAAUGCGACUUUGGCAGUGGAGGAAUAUGAGGAGCAACUAAAAUUUGCGGAAUCUCUGGGUGAUUUGUCGUUGAUGGGCGAUGCAUGUGGGACGUUAGGGAGUGCGUACAGGACAGCUGAAGAGCCGAGUAAGGCUCUCGAUUGCCAUAAAAGGGAACUUGAUCUGCGCAAUCGCAGUGAUGACGCUCUCGCUGCAUGCAGGGCGCUGGGGAACCUAGGUCUCGACUACAUGGAAAUGGGCCGCCAUAACGACGCGCAUGCGUGCUUCAACGAUCAGCUGAAUAAAGCCAGUGAUAUUGGCGACGCCGCGCUCGAGGCGCAAUCGUGUGGAAACCUUGGUCUUUGUAAGUUAAAAACAGGUGAUUAUCAUGAGGCGCUGGGGUACUUUGAACACCAGCUUGCGACACUGGAGAGGCUUCCUGGCGCUUUACUGGACAGUGGAAGGGCUUAUGGUAAGCGCGGGGAGUGCUACCACUUGUUGGGUGACAGCAAUGAGGCAAUCAGGGACUAUGAAAAGUAUCUUGCGGCUGCGCAACAAGCGGAAUCCGCAUACGAUCAGGACAAGGCUUACCGCGGGCUCGGCGUCGCUCUGAAGACCACGGGGAAUCUGCAGCAGGCGCUAGUGUGUUUCGAAAAGAGGCUUGUUGUCGCUUAUGAAUUAACGGAUUUAAGUUCGAAGGCAGCAGCUUAUGGUGAGCUAGGGACUUUACACAAAGCUCUGGGAAAUUACGAACAAGCCAUUGCUUUCUUCGAGCAGCAAUUAUCCCUCGCGAAAGAAUGUAGCGAUCGUGAGAACGAGAUUGAAGCCUUGUCCGGACUUGGUAUUGUCAACCAAAAAAUGGGCGAGUACAGCAAGGCGCUACGGCACCACGAAGAGGAGCUGAGACUUGCCACAGAGCUACGCAACCAGAAGAGCCAGGCGCGCGCCUACCACAACCUCGGCAUGACACACGAACUGCUGGGAAACUACGAACAAGCCAUCGUGUGUCAAGAACAAAACCUAAAUCUUGCGUCCCACAUGGGCGAUCGCCUGGCAAAGACCCAGGCCUACAGCUGCCUCGGACGCACUUACCAUGCUCUAGAGAACUAUCCCCACGCCAUCUCGUUUCUAAAGCAAGGUCUGGCAAUUGCCGAGGUGCUGAAGAGGACGGAAGACGAAGCACGCAUGCGUCAUAGACUUGGUAUGUCCUACCUUGCGAACAAACAACUGGAGGCGGCUCAAGAAGAACUGUAUCAUGCAGCUGACUUACUGGAGCGGAUCCGGGAAGAGGGAAUCCGGAAUGGGGACUACAAGUUAUCGUUGUACGAGCUUCAGUCCGCUUGCUAUCAGGUUCUACAGCGUGUAAUGGUAGGACUAGGAAGGCACGAAGAGGCGUUAACCGUAGCUGAGCGGGCGAGAUCUCGAGACUUUAUAGACUUGUUGCUGCAGCGCCAGGGUGGGGCCAACAUAAGCGGUGACCUUACCAGCUCGUUGAAUAACCCUUUGGGAUCCACGGAACAGAUAAUGAACUUCGUCAAGAACCAGAAAGCCACCAUCCUAUAUUAUUCUAUCGCGGCCGGACACCUCUACAGCUGGCUGCUAACGCCUAAGAGUGGGCUUGUCAAGUUCCAUGAUAGCUUAGUUGGAGAGGACGAUGCCGAAGAGUCGGCUGUUGACUUAGAGCAGAGCACAAGCGGUAUUUAUUCCCACGCGGCGACUUUGCUCGACUCGUACAUCACCCACCUACGAGACGCUCUUGGCGUCAAGCCGCACUUGAACCUCAAACGCGCCACGAGUAUGACGGAUGGCGACAUCGAAAGCACUCUACAAGGGGACAGCAUGCUGGGACUGUCGACUUCUCUUCGUUCCUACGUGUCAGCGGACGAGGAUGAUGACGUCAUGAGCGUGGUAUCCGCGCCUGGUGGUCGUCCAAGCAUGGCCUCGACUCCGCGUAAUAACAUUUUGAGCAUGCGCAAUAGUGUCAGCAAGUUGAAUGGAGUGCGGUCGAGUGCGAAGAAGAACUGGUCUGGGAAGCCGCCUUUGAGGGCUUUGUAUGAGUUGUUAAUAGCACCAAUGGAGGAUUCUCUGCCUUCGAGCUCUACCUUCGAGAAUGAGGGAUCGGAGCUUGUGCUUGUUCUUCAGGGAGACUUGUACCUUGUACCUUUUGCGGUAUUAAAAGGCACUGUGUCCAAGGAGUCGAUGUUUCGCAGAUUCCGGCUCAUGGUCGUGCCCUCAUUACAGGCCUUGUAUUCCAGCAAGAAGGCGUCUCGUGAAACAGACUUCUCUAAAAUCGACCCCUCAUCGGUUCUGAUAGUAGGAAACCCGAAGGUUCCAUCCACGUUUGGUCAGUGGUCUUCAAACCCAAGCGCUGAACACGAGGCAAAGAUUGUCGCCGACCUCUUUAUGGCGAAGCCUUUACUCGGAAACUCGGCAUCGAAGACGGAAAUUUUACGAAGAUUACCGACAGCCGAGUGCGUGCAUUUCGCCACUCACGUCUCCUGGAAACUCACCGCUGUUAUCCUAUCCCCGAGCACGUCCGAUAACAAACUCACUACAACAGCAUCCACGGACUCCGGCAACGAAGGGUUCGACUUCCUUGGUGACACGGACGACGCUCCACCGCUAUCUGAUUUUUUGUUGACCGCUGCGGACGUCUUGGAACAAAAAACCUCCGCAAAGAUUGUGGUGAUCGGUGCGGCACAUAACGACAGUCAGUCGGUGAGGAAUCGGAUCACGUCUGAAGGACUGGUAGGAUUGACACGCGCGUUCUUGUCGUCUGGUGCGCAGUGCGUCUUGGUAUCUCUAUGGCCCGUCCCGGACUUGGCAUGCAAGCUUCUAAUGAAGGCGUUCUAUGGGGGGCUAUUAAAGGGGUUGAGUGCCAGCCACGCCCUAAGUCAGGCGAUGAACGUGGUCCAGAAGACGAAGCAAUUCUCGCACCCGUCUAACUGGGCGGGGUUCGUGCUGGUUGGGGACACGGCGAUCGCUAGUAGAGAAGCCAUGAUGGGCCACGCCUACGCCCUGCUGCUCAACAAUCCCAAGUCUGUGCGAGAGGCGCUCAAAGUCCUCGUGCAUCUGAUCGACAAGGCUUCCGAGCGCAUCAGGCGUGGUCAGCGGUCAUCCAUGUACACAGCCGAAGCGAGCAUUGAUGCCAAGGUCAAGGGCGUGAGGGGCUGGCGCGAGUUGCUGCGCUCCGUCGGCUUCCGAUUCCAGAAAGCGAAAAAUGGACUACCAGACUCAGUGUUCUUUCCGACGGCCACUACGAGCCUUAGUGAUCGGCUUAGCAAGGCUAGCGAAGACUUGUACGCUCUGUUAGGUUUGAGCCCUACCACUCUUCAAGCCCUUGCAAAACUUGCCUACGCAACGGCAACCAACCGUGCUCUUGUGUCACUGCUUAACAAGGUCUUGUCUUGCUUCUACAACAACACGGCUAGCGUGCAGGUGCCACUCCAGCUCAAGCUGUGGCGGACGGACGGCUGCCACGAGCUUCUCGCCUCGCUUGGCUUCGACGUGAUCGGAGUUGGAAAAGAGGAAGUCAUGCUUCGCUCUGGCAAGCUCAACAGUCGGCGCGCCGUCCAGUGCACCGUGCGUGCGCUAUGCGCCUUGGCAGACAUUUCCAACCCCGAGGAGGCCGAUCAGCCGAGCUUCAAGCUCAUGCCAAAAGCGCACUCCUCCUCUACCAUCAACUCCAACGUUUCGCUCGUAGCGCACUCCAUCGGCUCUGAACUCGACAUGCGCGCGAAGAGUGCCGAGGACCUCAACCACAUCAAUCGAGAGCGCCGAGUGCUCUCCGGACCGAACACUCGAUCCCAAAGCACCGCGAACCUCCGACCUCGCCUGCAUGGCUCUUAUAGCGCGUUGCUACGAUCAUCGGGAGAUCUUCGCGUGUCGUCCGUAGACGCUAUCGAUAGCCCAGCGAGCAAAAGCAUACCGCAAGACACGCCCGCGCACUACCGUCGCACAAGAGGGUCGCACGCCAACCUUUCCAAUGUCAGCCGUCGCAGCUCACAGCGAAGUGUCUCCAGUGUAGACAUCAGUGGGCUGCGGGUGUCGUCCGUAGACAGCCCCUCCUCGGGCCCACCCCCUCCAAACGGGGCAUCCGAAGAGCACCACUCCGAUUCCGAUGUCGACAGCUACUCGGAUAUCAAGGAGCAGCAGAGAAAUGUAGGGUUACAUGGCAGCAGCGAGACGCUGAGUCAUGACGAUGCUGGAAAGACCCCUGGAAGCAUUAGCUCGCUUCGCACCCGACAGCCCGCUCAAGAUAUACAGCCUGGAGGGUCCAUACUAAAGACUGCGGUUUCUAACCAUACUUCUGGUAGCCGUACGGGCAUGUCUAACCAUAUGGGCUACAGGAUAGGAGAGUUGACCAACGGGGACUUGGAUACACAUAUCAGCCCCAUGUCACCUCGUACGUCAUUCCUGGAUCUUAGUCGCACUAGCGAUGGACGAUCUGUAGCGAGAGAGGUCCACCCGGAGGAACCGGCUUUGGACCACACGCGGUCCAAGGGACCUAUCGCGAACGGCGAUGUUAGGCAACCCACCACGCCCCGUAAAACCUACUCCGUAGUCUACCAAGGUAAUAAAGAUGACGCUAUCCCGGUGAGGGUCACGUCGAUGUCUCGGACUGAUCACGACAGAGUCGAUAAUUAUUCGCCCACUGACGACACCUACAGUAGAUCUAGCACUCUCCAAUCCCGAGCAGACCUCCGACGAGGUAUCGAUUACGCGAAGACAAAUGAUGUAGCACGGUCGAGUCGCACCGUUUCUGAGUCGCGAGGUGGUGAUUAUUCCAGCAUGGACGAUCAACGACUAACAGACGAUGGGUAUUAUAGCAAGGAUUCUUACGCAAAUCACUUACGCAGCUUAUCCAGUUCGAGUAAUGAGCUUGCACCCAAGCCACACAUACCAGCGAAACCACAGGCACCCCACAAGCAGCGCGUAGUCGUCUCCGCCAAAGUAGCCAAUCACAAACUGAACGGCCGUCCACCAAAUAUGGGCGUGCAGAUCUCGCCUUCGAAUACACGGACUGACUCACUGUCAUCUCAGGACAGUGCUAGUGCCGAGUCCCCUCGAUCACGGCAGAUUGCAGCCGAGGAGGCCGCUGCCGCGCUGAUAUAUAACCACACAGGUAGCCCGCGUAGUGACUCUCGCUCGUCCCCGUCUAGCUCCAAGCUUGCGCGGCAAAAUGUGGCGAUGAAGGAACUGAGGCAAAGCGGCAAGGGCGGAAAAAUAAAGAACGUUGCCAACCUGGCUCAUCUCCAGUCCUCCUCCUGCUGAUCAGAUUUCUCGUGAAACAGGAUUAUCACAAGGGAACUCAAUACGCUCGACAGAGCCUUGAAGUGCGCUUUUGAUUUCAGGAAGCUAUUAACUACUCAUACCCAGUAUUUGAGGAAGACACAGAGGUUUUUUUUUACAAUUAAGGAUAUUCUUGACCGCUGAAGUACCCAUCCAUGCAUACAUUUCCAAACAAGUUUGCAUGUCUAGUCUUACUGAUUUUAUAUCAACAUUUAUAACAGCAAUUUGCUGUUAACCAAGCAAGGCACUCCUUCUGUAUCAUGUGAAUGUAUAAAAGUAUAAAUCGGGCAUUUUGUAAUUCCCUACGGUUGUUAAAAAAUAACUAUUGUGGAUGAUUUCUUCUCCCAAUGUUUUUGUAUUUGGUAAUCAAAGAAAUCUAUACACUUUAAUAAGCAUAUCUUGUAUAUAGCUGCAUAAAUUUGUAUCCUUCAUAAGACUUUGGAGAGAUAGUAAUCGAGCAUAUAAUAUAUAUUUAAAGAAAGGAGGCCGCCAGAUCUUUAUUCUUGCGUUUGUGAAUAUAGAACACCUUCCUUUGGAAGGGUAUUUUUACAUGAAAUAAAAAGAAAUUGAAUUACA